GAAACACUGUUUUAAAAGUUCAAAAGUGCUCAGUAGACAUCAUUCAUGGUAUUUUCAAACAUGUUAAUCUUUUACGAACAUGUGUAUGGUAAGAUCCUAAAUCUGUAUGUUGAGAUCAGGUGUGUUUCUCUUUUGUGUUCCCACGCAGGUGUAGUGUGUGUAGCCAUGGCUGCAAGGGUGGAGGCGACCACAAGGGAACUGAGCCAGUCAGGGGCGCUCAUUAGCCCAGACAAAUCUUCAGUUUCAGCCUCUGCACCCUCUGGAGACAAGAGGAAGCCAGCGUUGGGUCCCAAACCCAGCCUCAUGCCCAAACCAUUCGCCCUGCAAAAGAAUGUCACCAUCCGUCCAAUUAAAGCCCCCAAAACCGUAAUCGGAAGACUCCCUCGACCUGCCUCUUCUGAUAACCUUGACUCGUUGAGUUACACAAAGCCUUCUGAUAGUCGUGUUGGUGAUUUAAAAACGCCAGGAUCCCUAAAACCAGACUCAAACAGCACCCCUAAUGGGUCUAAUAAUAGCACAGGUCCUAAGCCUGUCCCGCUUGGCUCAAAACCUGACUUUUUGGAUAAGCCUAAACCAGCACCUACUAGGAAUGCCGACAUAACAGGUUCUGAUCAUCGAACAGGUCCAGAUAUAAAGCAUGAUGUCACUGCUACCUUAGCUGAAGACUUGAAGGAGGUUCAACCCAGGAUCAGGGCAAAAUCCUUGGGUGCUCAGGAUCAAAGAGUUUUCAAUAAGAAACCAGAAGGAGAAACCACAACCAGUAAGACUGACGCUGGUGUUUCUUUACCAACCUGGCCACAUAGAAAUCGUCUCUCCAUGGAACUGACCUCCAGGUUCGAGUCACCUUCUCAGCUGGAGAAGGAGGUUGAUUCUGCAAGAAGAGACAAUGACAAAAUGAGGCCACCAAAUUCUCCUUCAGCAGAGUCCAAGUUGAAGUCUACAAAGCCACUGGUGGAGACAGGAGAGAUGGGGGGCAUGGAGGUCAGCGGAAGCAGCAUUAAGAGACGAAUCAGUCUCCUUUUCGACCGUCCUACAGCCUCUCAACACAGGGACUCUUUUAUUAAAAGAGACGCCACACCUUCAGAAAUAUCUGUCGACAUUAAACAGAGAAUCAAGAAUCUAAGCUUGAACUCGGCCGAACCAAAGGUCUGUCUACCAUCCACUGGUGCACUGAAAAGUCCACCAAUUGAGAAGACACCAAGCAACUCAGAUGAGUCUUCAUUUGAUGAGAGAGCACCUACAGAAUCAGAACUUCAAAAUGGAUCACACCAGCCAAAAGGGCAACAGGCUGCUGAAAAACCACCAAGUACAACAGACGUUCAACCAGUUGGCAGAGUAGAGCGAAAGAAUGGAAAACUUGACAAAGUCUUUGAGAUCAAACCUGAUGUCAAGGAGAAAGCCAAGGAGGCUCCUACUUCCAAAUUUGGGUUUGAGAAGAAUUUGCUGGUUGAGGACAAGAACUCCAUUAAUAAGGAAGAGGAUGAAGUUGAAGAGGACAAGGAGAACUACGUCCCUGUGCCUUUGUACCGGAGGGUUGGGACUGGUAAAGAAGCAGAGACAAAGCGAGAAGAAGAGGAAAGACAGAAGAAGGAAGAGCAGUUAGAGACAGAAAUUAAACAGCUGGAAAGGGAAAGACUUUUGGAAGAAGAGAGGAAGUCAAGUCAAGAAAUAGAGAGACUGCAAGAGGAGAAACAGAAACAUGCUGAGGAAGAGAGAUGCUUGGAAGAGGAAAGAAGAAAGCAAGAGAGAAAACAGGCAGAAGAAAGACAAAGACAGAUGGAAGAAAGGAGGAAGAAAGAUGAAAGGAAUCAAGCCGAAAAAGAAAAGGAAAGACAACAAGAGCAAGAGAGAUUACAAAAAGAUAGACAGCUCGAAGAGGAAAGGAGAAAGAUUGAAGAAGAAAGGGAAAGAGAGAGACAGAAAGAGAAGGAAAGAUUGAGACUGGAGAAAGAGAGAGAGAUAGAGGAGGAGAAGAGAAGAAUUGAGGAGGAAAGACUGAGACAGGAAAGAGAGAAAGAGAGACUAAGGAAAGAGAAAGACAUGGAAGAAAGAAGACGGAUUGAAGAGGAGGAGAGACUGAUACAGGAAAGAGAAAAAGAGAGACUAAGGAAAGAGAGAGAAAUGGAGGAAGAGAGGAGAUGUAUUCAGGAGACUGAAAGACAGAAAGAGGAAGAAAGAUUGAGACAGGAAAGGGAAAAGGAGAGACUGAGGAAAGAGAGAGAAAUGGAAGAAAGAAAACAAGUUGAAGAGGAGGAAAGACUGAGACAAGACAGAGAGAAAGAGAGACUAAGGAAAGAGAAAGACAUGGAAGAAAGAAGACGGAUUGAAGAGGAGGAGAGACUGAUACAGGAAAGAGAAAAAGAGAGACUAAAGAAGGAGAAAGAGAUAGAGGAAGAGAGAAGACAAAUUCAAGAGAUGGAGAGACUGAAAGAAGAGGAAAGAUUGAGACAGGAAAGAGAAAAAGAGAGACUAAGGAAAGAGAGAGAAAUGGAGGAAGAGAGGAGACGUAUUCAGGAGAUUGAAAGACAGAAAGAGGAAGAAAGAUUGAGACAGGAAAGGGAAAAGGAGAGACUGAGGAAAGAGAGAGAAAUGGAAGAAAGAAAACAAGUUGAAGAGGAGGAAAGACUGAGACAAGACAGAGAGAAAGAGAGACUAAGGAAAGAGAAAGACAUGGAAGAAAGAAGACGGAUUGAAGAGGAGGAGAGACUGAUACAGGAAAGAGAAAAAGAGAGACUAAAGAAGGAGAAAGAGAUAGAGGAAGAGAGAAGACAAAUUCAAGAGAUGGAGAGACUGAAAGAAGAGGAAAGAUUGAGACAGGAAAGAGAAAACGAGAGACUAAGGAAACAGAGAGAAAUGGAGGAAGAGAGGAGACGAAUUCAGGAGAUUGAAAGACAGAAAGAGGAAGAAAGAUUGAGACAGGAAAGGGAAAAGGAGAGACUGAGGAAAGAGAGAGAAAUGGAAGAAAGGAAACAAGUUAAAGAGGAGGAGAGACUGAGACAGGAAAGAGAGAAAGAGAGACUUAAGAAGGAGAAAGAGAUGGAGGAAGAGAGGAGAAGAAUUCAGGAGAUGGAAAGACAGAAAGAGGAAGAAAGAUUGAGACAGGAAAGAGACAAAGAGAGACUAAGGAAAGAGAGAGAAGUGGAGGAAGAGAGCAGAUGGAUUCAGGAGAUGGAAAGACAGAAAGAGGAAGAAAGAUUGAGACAGGAAAGGGACAAGGAGAGACUAAGGAAAGAAAGAGAAAUGGAGGAAGAGAGAAGGCAAAUUGAAGAGAUCGAAAGACAUAAAGAGGAAGAAAGAUUAAGACAAACAAGAGAAAUAGAGAGACUGAGGAAAGGGAGAGAAAUGGAGGAAGAGAGGAGACGGAUUCAGGAGAUGGAGAGACUGAAAGAAGAGGAAAGACUGAGACAGGAGAGAGAAAAUGAGAGAUUAAAGAAAGAAAGAGAGAUGGAACAGUUUAAAGAAGUAGAGAGAUUGAGAGAGGAAGUUCCUACUAGUUACGAUUUGAUAUCUUUUGACUUGGAAGAGCCAGCGCUCUCACAGAGUCGAGUGUCCAACAUCCAGGCCACCAAUAUCUUGCCUCAAAUCCCAGAGGUUCUUUACGAUGACUUUUCCGUGAAACCACGGAGAUGGGGAACAAAGGCCAGACGUUCCUCAACACCAUCCCCAUCCAGAGAACCUCCUGCAGUUGAUGUGAUUCCUGAGCAGCUGGACCCAAAGCCAGAAUCCCGGUCCAAUGAUCCUGGAUCCCAAGGACUAGAUCAGGUAUAUAUGGACGACCUGAUCGGAUUUGAACCUGCAACAUCCAAUCUGCAGAACUCUUCCAGUAAACAUCCAGAAAGCAGAAACCAACUCCAGACUGUGGAGUCCAAACCAGAGCAUUGGUCCAAACCAGAAACGGAAUCAUCUGCACCACGGCGUGAUGAGGUCACAUCACAUGAGGGUCAGUUGAAGGACAGUGUACUCGAGGAAGAUGGAGUUGCACUACAUGAUGCAUACUUUCUCAUAAAGGAAUCUGACAGCCCUGAUAAAAGCAACACCACUGUCGAUAAUGUCGACGGAGAGAGCAGAAUCUUUCAAGCUCUAAACAGGGUUAAACGACAAAAUGUACUGACUGAUUCAGACAAGACAAAUGCCCCAGGUCAAGAGGAGCCUGAACUUCUUCCCUUUCCUGAGUCCUCAGCUCCUCUCCUGGACUCCAGCGUGUUUCGAUCGAAGGUUGAUCUGGCAAAGAAACGGAGCAUCAAGCGUACCAGACCUUCAAGAUCCGUCCGACAGAGAGCAGCGCUACCCUCGCUGACAGAGGGAACACACCCCAAUUGGAGGUUCUGUGACUCCACAGAUGCAGCAGCUCAGUGUUCUAAUGAAGGAGACUCAGAUUCAGAAGAAGAGCCUUCCAAAGAUUCUACUUCCUCGCCAGCACCCAGUCAGCCGAAAAGAGUUCCACUGUUUCCUGGAAUGGACCAAUCAGCCCUCAUGGCCCAGCUGAAGAGGAGAAGUGGAGUAAUAGAAGCAGACACACCAUCAGAAGGACCGACGACACCCUCUGUGCCCACACGCUUGCCCCGUGUACCCGCCAAGUCCCUCGGCCCCAGAGUGCUGCCACCUGUUGACGCCAAAGACAGCGGCUCCGGCUCUUCACCGUCCUGGCUGCUUGAGCUCAAAUCCAAGAAGCGUACAAGUCAACCUGAGAGUGAAGUGUGAAGCUAAAAGUGAAAUUCGGAUCACUUUCAAAGGAAGUUCUUCGUGCUUCACUGUGUGAUCAUGUCAUAAAGUUGCCAAAGGAACUGACUUGUACAUGAAAAGUGCAACGAAUCUUUCUGCUCUUAAAGAGCAGAUCCUGUUUACAGUUCAUCUACAACACCUAUCAGUCUUGGACCUGCAGCUGGCUAUUUUGCAUUUACAUUUAUUCAUUUAGCAGAUGCUUUUAUUCAAAGUGAAUUAAAAGUGAGAAUAGAUUUACAACUGAUCCAAUUGAAAGUCCAUACAGUUCGAGCAGAGGCAAAAUACACAUACCUUGUCGUGCUCUGUCUCUGAAAAUGGAAGAUAUCAGUAUAGCUCCCUGCUAAAAUGCACUUUAAAAGAGUCAGACCACUGGGAAAAGUGUCUUAGGGGUUUUAGGCAUUAUACUGCAUUUGAUUUUGUUUUUUAAAUCAUUAAUACAUUAAUUUAUACUUCAUUUUAAAGGUGAAUAAUACUGUGUUUCUAAAAGGCUGUAAAAUAUAAACCACACUGAGUCUGAUCCUGACAUAUUCAAUAUGUCAUUGCUAUAUACAGUUUCUUUUUUCAUUUUUGGGCUCUUUAAUUUCUAAAUCUUUACAAAAUGUGCCAUGAUUUCAAGGCCAGUUUUCAUUGGACAAUACUUGAAACCUUUAAGAAAAACAGGAAAAGUCACUUAAGCAACUAAUAUACUGUAUACAAUCCGCUUAAUGCAUUUUUUUUUUUUUAUCCUCUAUAUUUCUGUACUUUUAUUUUAUCUACAAAAGGAGCUAGAGAGCAGAAAAGCAUCAACUGAUGUGCUUUAAUCUGGCUGAUUACCAUUUUACCCAUUUUUGGUUUUGUUUACCAAGUCUUUUCCUGCCGAUGAACACUUCCACAAACACAAAUAAGAAUUGCAAUCCUGUAUAUUAAGCUGCUUAAUUCUUUAUCUUUAGCAUAAAACCAUUUUUUUAUGUUUUUCAGUCAGUUUAUAAUGUUUGUUAGAUUUCGGCUGUGUAAAUCGCUGCUAUUGACGUGAUGAAAAAAGUUUACCUGUUCAAUACUGGGAAACGGGAACUGUGUUUUUAUAAAAAUGUGUAAUGAAUUACAAUCAUGGGAUGUGUUUAUUAAAUCUUUUUUGAAAUGGGUUGCAACUCAGUCUUUCUAGACAGAUAUGUCCAGUCUCCACACGUCUUGUGGUUUUCAGAUUCAUCUUUGUUCAUAGAUCUGCAAGGAAAAUCAUUUACUAAAAGAUUCAGAUCUUGGACACUUACUGUAAUUAUUCCAAUAAAAUAUUAUAGUCUGUUGCAAUUGCAUGUAAGACAAUCAAUAGACUGUUCAUUUUCACUUAAUCAGUUUACACACAAUUUGUAUUUGUCUACAGAACUAAUUGCAAGCAUUUAUGCAUAAGCAUUUACUGUAAAUCAAAAGGUUUUAAGAUCAAGAGAAACUGUCAUUCAGAAGUGUGUCCAAAUCUUUGACUGGUGGUGUAUAUAGGCAAUGUGCAAAGAAUUGUUGAUGGUGUUUGUUUUUUUUUAAGGUAUGGUGAGAUACACUGCAUUAAAUUGUUGUUGUUUUUUUUAUUUUUAUUUUUUUUAUCUGUAUUUUUCUCUCUUUUUUUUAGUAAAUAUGUUGAAAUAUCCUUAAAGCAAUAUAUGUUUACUUGACAAUCAAAAUGACAAAAUAUUAAGUGUUGUUUUGUGCUUAAAAAAAUAGUUGCCAAUGAGGUAAGCAAAA